GUCUAGGAUGGUGGCUUUCCGCGGGUUGUGCAGAAGCUUGUCCCGGUUAGCCAAAAGCAGUGCGCAACACUACAAAUAUGGGAAAGCUCAGAAGCCUACCAACCCUGCUUUAACGUUCACUCAGCACAAGACUUCCCUUUGAGAGAGGAAGUGACAGGAAGUUGUACAUAGUGCAGUGUCUCUGCUGGGUGUAGCUCUUCAGUGCGUGUAAGGGGGAGCAUCACUGCAGACCCAGACAGACUGCCAUGGCGAAUAAGAUUAAAACUCUGGGGGUUCCAGCCGCUCAUAUGAGCCAGGCGGUGUCUGAUGGAGAGCUGAACGUGUGUGCGCGGAGCAGUGCAGGCAGCUGUACCAGCCUCCCAGGGCAGGCAGCAGGGGGGGCUGGCCCAGCCAACAGUGUCCUCAGCUGGGCCGUGUGCUUUGAGAAGCUCCUGGAAGACCCUACUGGGGUGCAGUACUUCACGGCCUUCCUAAGGUCAGAGGUCAGCGCUGAGAACAUCCUGUUCUGGGAGGCAUGCCGUAGAUUCCAGAACAUUUCAGCCAAUCUGCAGGGGCAGCUGAAGGAGGAGGCUCUCUCCAUCUACCAGGCCUACCUGUGUGACAGCGCCCCCUACUCUGUCAACAUAGACGACACAGCCAAGACCCAGGAGAAAGACCUGCUGCAUCCCACACCAGACAUGUUCAACAAGGCCCAGGACCAGAUCUUCAAGCUGAUGAAGAUGGACAGCUACCGGAGGUUCGUCCGCUCUGCUCUCUACCAGAGCUGCUCUCUGGCCAGUGUGGAGGGCCGCCUGCUACCCAGCAUCCCCUCCGAGUCCGCCUGCUCCGGGUCCUGGGAGAACAUGACCUUGGGCAGCCCCCACCUUGACGACAACAAGAAAUCACAGAAGAAGAAGACCUCCUCUGCCAGUGUGGGAGGGAGACCCUCCCGGGACAAACGGCACGAGAAGAGAGGAUCGUGGGGAGUAGAGGUGUCCUAUCCACUAAUGAAGUCUGUGAGCAGGAAGGACUCUCAGAUGUCGGUGAAGUCCUGCAGCAGUGUGGAGCUGGGUUCUCUCAGCAGACAGACAGAGGCAGACCAGUGUGGUGGGGAGUGUCGGGUGGAGGGGGGGUACUGCUGUGUGUACCUGCCUGACGGCAGCGCCUCCCUGGCCUCCACGCGCCCCGGCCUCCCCCUCAGGGACAUGCUGGCCAGCCUCUGUGAGAAGAGAGGCUUCCCCCUCAAAGACAUUGUCAUCUACCUCCAUGACAAGGAUCGGCAGCCCCUCUCUCUGGACCAGGACUCCUCUGUACUGAGGGACCAGCAGGUCACCUUGGAACUCCGGGUCACCAUUGCGCUGGAGGUGCAGUUCACGGGUAAGACAGUGGGCAUCGUGGUGAAGUCCAGUAAGACCCUUCAGGAGGCCAUCUCCUCUGUCCUCCAGAAACACCAGCUCAAGCACCAGGACGUCAUGGUCACCAUGAGUGAGAGUGAAAAGCCCCUGAGCAUGAGUACCAGUGUGUUCAGACUGGCCAAUAAGAAGCUGUGUCUGAGCAAGGUCCAAGGUAAGGACUUUCCUAGCAGCUGUAGCGGUUCUGCAGGCACACAAGUGAGUCCAGCCCGGGGCCGAGCUGCAACAGCACCCGAAGCCCACUGGGCCCAGAAGGCAGGCAGGACCACGGCCCAGCCCAAGCCCAGUAAGAACCACGAUAUGCAGGGGCUGAUAGACAUGCUGUCCAAGGCCCAGUGCUGCCGUGUGGACGACCAGAGAGGCCUGCUGACCAAGGAGCACUUGAAGCUGCCCUCGUUCCUGCAGCUGCCCCCGGCAGAGGCAUCUGGGCCGGGAGGAGAGGAAGGGGAGUCCUGCAGUCACACCACCACCACUAGGGGAGCCAGCGAGGCCAUGGCAGAAACACAGUGAACAGACUCUCCAAGGCCCACUCUAAGGGAAAUAAGCAGAGGGAGAUAUGUGUGUGUGUGUGUGUGUGUGCACCAUCUGCUGUAAGAUGUACAGAGAUUAUAGAACUACAAUAGAUGUCUUCAGCCGGACUAUUUGAAUGCCAGGAUGGCUGACUCAUACUUGUUUAAGAGAACGACUGCACUGGGACCAGAGCUACAAGGAGCUGGUCAGGAAGGUUUUGAUUUGUUGUUUAAAGUAUUUGAAAUGUCUCAGAUGUCUAGAUCUUUAGUCUUUCGAAGUGCCUGUGCCGAGUGUUGGCCCCUGAACUCAGAAUGGCCUUUUUAUGCAAUUAUUUUAUAUAUUAACUAAUUUGUUUGACAAAAUAUUAUAUUUUAUGUAAAGUACUUUCUCUACGUAUUUGAAUUAUUUUGGUACUUUUGGGGGGGGUUUAUCUCUUGCAUGAAUUUGCGCACAUUUCUUUGCUGUGUGAGCACUUUUGACAGACAGUCAAUCCUAGUUGGUCCCUCCCCUUCCUGUUCUCACUGUCAGGGUUCAGUGGAGUGUGUUGCCACACCAGCAUGAUACUGCACAGUAUUAAAGCACGUUAGGAACCAACGGUU